AUGGGAUCAUUUUCAAGUAAAUCACAAAAGGGUCAGAUAAAAUCAAAGAAUAAUCUUAGCAAAUACAUUGAAUUUAAGUCAUUGAAGAACAAUAAGCUGUAUUUUACAAAGAGAUCAGAUUUAGAAUUACUCAAAACAAAUGAUAGACGAAGAAUGUCUACUGAAGAAAGUAGCCCUAGACAGAACAAAACGACGAUUAAGCAGCUGCAUAGUCAUCAGAAAGCUGUAAGAUGCCAAGUUUUGAAUUAA